AUGAAGCUUUCGCCGAUUUUACUCGCUGCUGGUGCUUCAGCCGAUUGCCCAGAAAUCCUCAACGAAAAUGGCUGGGACAACCCAACACCAGGGAAGCUCUCACCAAGCAUGCGUUAUCCACUUGGCCUGAGCUCCGAGCGAACUCAAACUGUCAAGUACCAAAUUAAAAAGUACGGCCUUCACGAAUCCGCUUAUCUCGGCUUCUUGACCUUCAACGGCUACCACUGCGGCGAGGAUUUCAUCAACAAGGCCCUUGUUGAUGGCCGCAUCAAAUUGGACAUUGUUGACACUCAAUACGUUUACGCGUUCAAUUCUACGACCAGUUACGAGACGCUCAAGGAAUCAUCGCUGACUGGGCGAUAUGUCGAUCGAAGAACUUACCAAUUUGUCGCUCGACCUCGGCCAGAUGAUUUCUCUGGAAACAAGUGGGGAGUCGGGAACAACAAAUGGGUCGACACUCUCAGUGUCACUUUCAACGGUCUUGACAAAGUCGAGUGGGGCGAGCGCAGCAUGACCAAUUGUCUUCAAAAAGUGAAGCUCGGAUUCACGUCCGAUGAAGACUUCACUGGACGAGCAUACUACGAUGGCGAGGAUUUCACCCCCUGCAUCUUUCCUUCUGAUAACGUUGUGACGACAACGACCCCACAAGGGCCAACGACGACGACGACUCCUCAAGGACCAACGACGACUACUCCACAGGGACCAACGACGACAACGACUCCACAGGGGCCGACGACAACAACAACUCCAGGUGAAUUCACUCACAAUGGCGAUGGAACUGGUGGCAACGCUCCACAAUACCGAGCUUAUGUUGCAGUCAAUGGCGAGGAGAACGUUGCUGCCAUUGGACACGGCCCUCAUGCUGCUGAUGGCCAACUUCUUUCAAACGGCGGAUAUGUCGCGACCGGUAUCUCCAGCGCAACAGAGGGCGGUCAAGUUGGAAUCGGCUGGGUCGCUCGGGUCGAUCCCUGCCCGAACCCAGACAGUUACGAAAACACGCUGGGAACCAUGCUCACUGGAGCUGGAUCAAACUGCGCGACGAAAUUCAAGUGGGCUUGGAAGCAGGCUAGCGGUGGAAAACAUACUCAUAUGGUCUCGGUCAAAGAAAGUCCCGAUGGAACAUAUGUUCUUGCCGCUGGAUUGAGAAAGUCGAGCAGUAAUGAAUACAACGGCUACGUGGUAAAACUUGACGUCGAAACCGGAAACCUCAUCUGGGACUUCGACUUCACUUCUGGCUCCGGCGUUCGAUCGGGGUUCGAGACGAUUCAUUUCACAUCUGACGGAGGCUUUAUCGUUGGCGGCUUCUCUCAUCGGGAAUGGGAAGAGCAUCCUUAUUUCAAAUCAGGAGGACAGGUUGACAAUGGUCGCCCAGUUUUGCAUAAAUUCAGCGCUGAAAUUGCGAAUGCUGCUACUGUUUCUGAUCCAAUGCCGGAAUGGACUUAUAGAUGUGGCGCUGUGGGAACGACCUGUGAUCUUAACGAUGGAUCGAUGAAAAAUGCACGGGUGUAUUUUGACGAUGGGGUUGAAAAAAUCGUUGCUCUUCCUGUCUGGCGAACGAUCUUCAUCAUUAUCAAUGCUCAGACUGGGGAAGAGCUGAUCUACUCUGGCGAUGCAAUCAACUCCGGCUUCACAGAUGAUGGAAUCGCGAAUGAUGUCGAAGUCGAAUUCGACGAUUCCGGCGCUGUGAUGGGUUUCGUCACUACAGGCUUUCGAAUAACAACUGUUUCAACUGAUAACGGGAUGCCGUGUUCUCAUGCAGAGGACGGAAAAUGCGGCGUCUUCCAUGGCUUCUUUGCGAAAUACAGCAAGAGUCUUGACCAGCGACUUUGGAGAACCACUUUCAAUACUGGCGAUUGGCCCGGAGGAGCUGGGCAGUUCAAGGACCUCGAAGCAAGUGCUUACAAAUCGUUGGUUUACACCGAGUGCUGGGGCAUGACAAAAGUCACAGGUCCAACUGGCCAUGUCGGAUACGCUGCAGCUUGCGGCUCGGGAAUCGAAGGUUGCGACAUUCACGGAGAAAUUCCCUGCGAAAACGAUCCAAGAACCACUUGGCGAGGAGCUGUUCCGAGAAUUGACCGAGAGGGAAAUCUCGUCUGGUACCGGCUUGAUUCUUUCCGUGGCCUUUUUGACGAUGGCGAGACGGUAACAGAUGAUGUUUCGGAAUCUGCUUCGGAGUACAUUUUCGAGGACAAAUUCGGAAGGAUCGUCUCAGUUACCGAUGAAGGAAUGGGCGGAGUUGGGUUUUUAACCUACGAAUGCGAAGAUGGAAUCACUUCUUACAAUGGAUACGUUGCGAAAAUCAACAUCAACACUGGCGCUACGAUCUGGGACUUCGACUACAAAACGAAUUCUGGAACUCGAUCUGGCUUCGAAACAGUCCACUUCACUUCGGAUGGCGGUUUCAUCGUUGGAGGUUUCACACAUCGAGUCGACGUUGAAAUGCCUGGCUUCAAAUCGGGCGGACAAGUCGACCAAGGACGACCUGUCAUGCACAAGUUCAGCGCUCAAACCGCCAAUUCUGCUUCGGUCUCGAAUCCAACGCCAGUCUGGACCUACAGCUGCGCCUCUGGCUCCAACAGCUGUCAGCUUGACGACGGUUCGGUCAAGAACAUGCGAGUCUACAUGGACAAUGGGGUCGAAAAAGUCGUUGGUCUUCCCACAAGCCGAACAGUCUUCAUCAACUUGAACGCCAACAACGGUAACGAGCUCAUCUACUCCGGCGACGGAAUCAACAGUGGACACAUUGGCGACGGAACCGCCAAUGACGUCGAGGUUGAAUAUGACGAUGCUGGUAAUGUGAUUGGUUUCGUCACUACUGGCUUGAGAGUCACGAAGAUCCAGAGCGACAAUGGCGUCGGCUGCGGAGCUCAAGAAGACGGAUGCUCGGUGAUCAAGGGUGUUUUUACGAAGUACAACAAAGCACUUACUCAGCGAGUGUGGCGACAAGCGUUUAACACUGGAGAAUGGCCAGGAGGAGCUGGACAAUUUUCUUCUGUCUCCGCGACUCCGUACAAGUCCCUUGUCUACACAGAAUGCUGGGGCUUGACAAAAGUGAUGAACAACGGUGUCCAUGUCGGCUAUGCUGCAGCUUGUGGUUCUGGUGUCGAGCCUGGCUGCGAUAUCCACACCGGGGCGAUCAAAACUGCUUGCCAAAACGAUGUCAGAAAAGCCUGGCGAGGGGCCGUCACUAGAAUCGAUCGCGCAGGAAACUUGGUCUGGUACCGACUGGAUUCGUGGUUCUGGUCAGCAAAUGAGAGAGGAGAAUCAGCUUCGGAGUACAUCUUCCAAGAUGCCAGCGAUAGAAUCGUCUCUGUAACAGAUGAAGGAUUCGGUGGUUUUGGAUUCCUGACUUAUGAUUCCUCAUAA